AACAUACUUUACUGAAUGCAAUAAACAUACUUUACUGAAAGCAUACAUACAUAUUUACAAAUAAAAAACGUUGUGAUAUGCAUACAAGUUUUUAACACAAAGAGAAAACAAUUCCAAUUAAACAGAAAUACAGCUAAAGUAGUCAUAGCGGUAUUAAGCUAUGUAAAUCACAUCUAAUAAUCCAAUUCGCUUAUUUAGCUCGAAAUUAUUACAACAUUAACUACAUAUUGCUUUUUGACUUCAUUGUGAAAUAAAUAACGUUCUAAGGAUGUUGUGAUUUUGUGACGAUCAAAACAGAUUUUAGCUUCCCAGUGUAUUACUUUAUGCUAGGUAAAUCAUGAGUACGCGAUAAAUUUACCGAUUUCAGUGAUUGCAGCGACAUGGUCCAAUUGGAUCAAGAGAAGAGCACACAAUGUGUAGUGCAUGAUCUUACACCCGGUUCAGAGCAAAAAAAAAUAAAUAUUGUUGUGCGUUCACAGUACACAAUCGAGAAGGUGUUUCGUAAUAUAAGUACACAGUAUCCCUAUGAGGCGUAUGAUUUGUUAUUACAGCCCAAUGAAACAGAAAAUCCACUGCUACAUUUGAAUGCUCGUAAAAACGAGCUGCUCUUCGCCGCGCCCGGUUUUUCGGCGCAAGAGAAAAAUGUGCUUGUAUUGCUGCCACCAGACGUCUGGGACGGUGAUGUGCAGAAACGCUUUGAUUUCACUAAACCAUUGAGUAAAAAGAAAUGCAUUUCAAAGACCAACGGGUCCACAGGAACGACGUCGCCGAAAAAGAGCACAGUUAAAACAACAAAAACAGUUAAAGUAUCAAGCGCAGUCAAAGCUUCAAGCGCAGAUAAAGCUGUCAACGCUGAAAAAAGCACAGACAAAGCUUCAAACGCAGUUAAAGAUUCUAACGCAGUUAAAACUUCAAGCACAGCCGAAGCUUCAGGCACAGACAAAGCUUCCAACGCAGUUAAAGAUUCAAACGGAGUUAAAGCUUCAAGUACAGCCGAAGCUUCAAGCACAGACGAAGCUGCAAUCGUAGUAAAAGCUUCCAAGGCAGUGAAAGCUUCAAGCGAAGCCAAAGCAUCAAGCGUGGAAGCUUCAAGCACAGCCGAGACUUCAAGCACAGACAAAGUUUUCAACGCAGUUAAAGAUUCAAACGGCGUUAAAGCUUCAAAUACAGCCGAAGCUUCAAGCACAGACGAAGCUGCAAUAGCAGUAAAAGCUUCCAAAUCAGUGAAAGCUUCAAGCAAGGCCAAAGCUACAAGCACAGACGAAGCUGCAAGGGCAGGAAAAGCUUCCAACACAGUAAAAGCUUCAAGCACAGCCAAAGUUUCAGACACAGUUAAAACUUCUGCCGUCGAUGCACUUAGCAUUGAAGUUAACACGCCUCCAACUGUAACAAACGGUGUUGAUGCCACCAGCAGCACCGACAGCAACAGCACAACCAACGGUACAAUGAAUGGACACAGCGAAGUUGUUAACAACGAACAUAACGGUAACAACAACAACAGCAACGUAUAUAUUGGCAUUAAGUCUGACGACAACAACAAACACAACGAGAAUUUAUUGAAAAAUAAUGUGAUGAGCGAUGUGGUUGGUAGUGACGACGCUUCGUCCACCGUUGCCGAAGAGUCAUUACCACUGUAUACAUUGAAAUUGAGUCCACUCUCCGAUACAGAUUUUUUAUCCGACGAUGAUUUGGCGUUGGGCGCUUCGGCUAGUCCCACCGAGACGGAACCUUUCGGUGGUGAUGGCUUGUUGAAACUACGCAACACCUCACCACGUAGUCCCAAAUAUGGACCACUAACCGAAGGUGAAACGUAUCAACAGAUGACACUUGACCGCGAUUUCACGCGUUUAGGCAAGAAACUGCAACCCAUAUCCACUUCGGCUGUAACCAAUACCACAACUGCAACAGGCGGCAGCACAAUGUCGACAAUGAGUAACGGCGGCGGCGGUGGCGCCAAUGGUUAUGUGGGUUUGGUAAAUCAAGCCAUGACUUGCUAUUUGAACAGUUUGCUGCAGGCCCUCUUCAUGACGCCUGAAUUUCGCAAUGCACUUUAUCGCUGGGAGUUCGAUAAUGACAACGAAGCCAAAAAUAUACCCUACCAAUUGCAGAAACUCUUCCUCAAUUUGCAGACAUCAAAGAAAUCCGCCGUAGAGACGACAGACUUGACGCGUAGCUUUGGUUGGGACUCAACCGAGGCGUGGCAACAGCAUGACAUACAGGAAUUGUGUCGUGUUAUGUUCGAUGCGUUGGAGCAUAAAUUCAAGAAUACCAAACAAAUGAAUUUGAUCGCCAGUUUGUAUGAAGGCAAAAUGCUUGAUUAUGUCAAAUGUUUAGAGUGCAAUACGGAGAAGACACGCGCCGACACCUUUCUCGAUAUACCGCUGCCGGUGCGCCCGUUCGGCAGUACUGUUGCCUAUGGCAGCAUCGAGGAGGCCUUACGUGCUUUUGUACAACCCGAAACACUGGACGGGAAUAAUCAAUAUUUUUGCGAGAAAUGCAACAAGAAAUGUGACGCACACAAAGGUUUGAAGUUCAAGAACUUUCCUUACAUAUUGACGCUGCAUCUGAAACGCUUUGAUUUCGACUAUCAGACCAUGCAUCGCAUCAAAUUGAAUGACAAAGUAACUUUUCCGCAAAUGUUGAACUUGAAUAGCUUCAUUAAUCCGGCCGAUCUGGAGAGUCCUGUCCCGAGCACUUCCACAAACGCCGCCACCACAAGCAACACGCCAGGCAAUAUCGCAACCCAUAGUUUUAUACCGAACAGCGCAACUUCGACCAACGAUGAUUGCAGCACGACCGACAGCGGCUCGGCUAUGGAGGAAGAUUUAUGCUGCAGCGGCACGGCCACCACUGCCAGCUCUAGUCAGCAUGAAAAUGAUAUGAAUGACGAUGAUGAGGGCAUCGAUAUGAGCACCAGCACUGAUCAUCGCAUAAAUAGUAGCAAUGCUAGUGUUGAACAACGUAUCAAACAUGACAAUGGCCCCUAUUUAUAUGAGCUAUUCGCUAUAAUGAUACAUUCGGGCAGCGCUUCGGGCGGUCAUUACUACGCGUACAUAAAGGAAUUCGAUAACAAUGGGUGGUACUGUUUCAAUGAUCAAUCUGUUUCGCCGAUUACUGAGGAAGAUAUUGAGAAGUCAUUUGGUGGCGGUUCCAGUCGCGCCUACUACUCCAGCGUGUACAGCUCAAGCACCAAUGCAUAUAUGUUGAUGUACCGUCAAAUAGAUGCACAACGCAAUGAACAUGCAACAAAAAGCAACGAAUUCCCCGAACAUAUCAAUCAGCUCUUGCCGAAAUUACAUCAGGAAGAGGAGACACGUGUACCGCGCAGCUCCGGACGUCACGGUGUAGUCGUUUCCGACUUGUCCGUACAAGAGCUGAUCAAACCGCGCGUCAGUUUCUAUAAUCCAGAAUUGAAAAAGAUCAAAUCCGCACGCGCCUAUGUCAGUAGUUUCCAUAUAAAAUCCGUGCUGGAGUCCGCCUAUCAAAUGUUGAAUGUGGAGAAAUUUGCACCGUUAUCACGUUGUCGUCUAGUUGUUUACAAUGAUAUGGGCGAACAGAUUUGUCAGUCGUUGGAACACAUCAGCGAUCCAACGCUCAGCGAAUUGCGUCAACAAACAGACGGACCAUUGGAAUUUUUGCUAGAAACCAGAGAGGAAGGACAAGAAUUUGAGAUUUACAAACCGGGUGGCGUCACAUGGAAUGUAUACAUAGUUAAUGUGGCGAAAAUGCAAUUGGACGGGCCACAUCUGGUAUAUGCGCCGUCAAGGGAAGCGAACGCCGCUUUGUUACAUUCGAUUGCCGUACGCCUUAAUCUAAAUGAGAACCAAUUGCUAUUGGCCACAGUGAAGACUGAUGCAUUUGUUGCGCUGGACACAGCGUCAUCAGAGAACGACACAGCCGAAGGUAUGCAACGGCAGGUCAUAACGCAGGAAGAUCUGCAAGAGAUCGCGCAAGAGCAGUUUAGAGGUUUAACAUAUAUUUACCUAAAUGUACCGAAUACGGAUGCGAGUACGUUGGAAAUAUUGGAUAUACCCGCGCUGGAAACGCCCACAAUUGAGGUCAGCGCAGACGUUGUCGACGCCGUGCAAAUGAAUGCAAAUGUCCUGCAUACACUAAGUCCAUCCAAUAGUGAUAGCACAUCAAAUCUUUCACAAAAGAGCUGUGCGCGCGAAUCACCAUUAUUACCUGCCGCCGCCGCCGCCGCCGCCGCUGGGCAGGAAUCCCAUUCGGAAGAUAGCAGUUUAAGUGAUGGCGAUCGCACCCUGGUCGAAUCAUUGCACAAUCGUUACGGCGGCGAUAGUCAAAUCUCAUCGACCAGUCAUUCGCCUUAUCUCUCCAGCCCCGAAGAUGAUGCGUACAAUAAAGCGAACUCGUUGAAACGCAUACACGAUCUCUUCCAAAUGGCACCCGACCAUACAAUGGAAACUGCCUCGUUGUCACGCAGUAAUACGCCACAAUUCUUCUAUGCGGAGAAAAUCAAUGCCGUGGAUCUCAUGACAAUUUCGCCCCGAAUUCACAGUAGUAGUACCAACGAUCCGAACGAGGAGUUGGCGCGCAAGCCAACACAUUCAUAUAAGAUCAUUGUGGAUCCACGCAUGAAAAUGUCAACAUUCACGCGACAUGUUGAAUCGCUAAUCGGUGUACCAUCCAACUAUUUUAAGUUACAGCACAAAUACGAAGUCAUUGACCUGAUGUCGACAGUGCUCUUCGUGUGUAUGGGUGAAACGUUGAGCGUUGAGCUGGGGAAAGUGCUGCAGCCGGACGAAGACAAGGCGAAGAUCUCAUUUAUGCGGCUGUCAGAGUUGGACAACGAUACUGGCAAAUUGCCCUGUAUAUGUGAAUGGGUGUGUAAGGCCAGCAUGACGGUCGCCGAAGCAAAGAAGGAGCUGAUAGCGAAACUGCAUCGCAUCGACGCCAAAUAUAAAACACUUAAUCUAAACAAUUGUCGUCUGUGGUUGAAGGGUGGCCGCAAUCCCAUUGAAAUUAUGGGCGAUGAUGAAACGUUGGGUACAGAUUUGCGCUCAAUGGCGGGCGCGGAGUUCCUAGUGCAAGAGUGUGAAGCUGGUGUUAGUCCUCAGGUGCCCGCAGAUAGUCUUACGAUUUUCGUGCGGCGUUGGCAUGCGGACAAAUUGCAAUUGGAUAAAUUCCAGGAAGUUACACUAGAAAAGGAAAGUGAAAUAAGAGCGGAGUUGGCGAAAAUUACCGACAUACCGCAAGAGCAUAUAGCCUAUAGUAAGAUAAACGGUUCUUUUCCGUGCACAAACAUUUCUCUUUUAAGUAUCAACAGCACGCUUAGUUGGUUCUCAAUACCGGCCACAUUAAAUAAAUAUCCAUUAACGUCAACAGUCAGCGGAAAUGUCUACUUUUACAAAGAUGUCACCAAAGCACCCAAAGAGCCCACAACCGAGGAGCGUCGUGAACUGAGCACCCGUGAAAAGUUACGCCUCGAUCGUUUGGGCUGCAUGUCCACGUCGCUUUACUCACCGCGUCGUGAGCGUGCGCUUAAGAUCUACCUUGAUUCGCCACAAUCGAAUAAUAACAGUAGUACGACGUUGGCGUCAUCAUCAUCCAGCAUAUCGACUGUAAAAGCGGCGGAAGAUUAACAGAGUGGCGAAGCAAAAUACCAAUAAUUAUAAGAAUAACGACAACAACAACAACAAUUCAUGCGGAGGAGUAACUCCAGUUUGUGAUGAUUCAGUGACAAGGCAGUUGAACGAGUAUGUCGAGAGUGCGUCUGGGAAAAUGUAGUAUGUUGACUGAUGUAAAAACAAAAAAAAAAAAAAUAAAAACUAAUUGGCGACACAUGUAUGACCGACAACAUCAUUGUUGGCGCUUAAGAAAAAGUGAUAAUGCAAAUUUUCUUUUCGAAUCCUUUUCUGCAGUUAAAACACAAAAAAAAA